UCUCUCUCUCUCUCUCUCUCUCUCUCUCUCUCUAAACUUCAAACUUCUUUGAUUUGUGGAAUUACUCUUGUUCAUACCUGGUUAACCAUAUCCACCUCAAUCUCUCUCUUUUCUUAUUUCUUCGUAUAUAUACAUUAUUUUUUUGUUUUCUUAUAAUAUUUUAUAAAAAAAAGUUCAUUUUUUUUUGUCUUGUUGCUGAUACCCAUUAGCUUUUUAUUUUCUGGGGUCAAUGCGGUCAAGUUCUUAACAAAUUAGGGUUUCAAUCGGUGGUCUAGGGUGAUUGAUAUGUGUCAAAGUAAUGUAGCUGGAAAACUUUGUGUUGUAUUCCGAUUCUGAAUAAUUUUAUAAAAUUUUCAUCUUCAAUUAUUUGGGGCGUUACAAUUUGUGUAAAUUUUUAUUUGCCUUUUUUCACGGCUAAUCAGAUGAAUAGGUUGGGAAAUCUCAUUGGGUUUGAGUGGAUUAUCGAAUAAAGCUUGGAAUUUUUUGCCUCCUUUAUGCACAAUUAGGGUGCUGAAUUGGGAACAAAUCUGAGAAAGCAAGGGUUGUUAUAGUUACUGGAUAUAGGUUCAUUGAAGGGUUAAUUCACGAUGGAUCAUAUUAUUGCCGGGAAGUUUAAGUUGGGAAGGAAAAUUGGCAGUGGGUCUUUUGGGGAACUUUAUAUAGCUGUUAAUGUACAAACUGGGGAGGAGGUGGCUGUCAAGCUGGAGCCUGUGAAGACCAAGCAUCCACAACUUCACUAUGAGUCAAAAUUGUAUAUGCUUCUUCAAGGAGGAACUGGAGUGCCUCACCUCAAGUGGUUUGGAGUUGAGGGAGACUACAAUGUGAUGGCAAUUGACCUUCUUGGACCUAGUCUGGAAGAUCUGUUCAAUUAUUGCAACCGGAAGUUAACAUUGAAGACGGUGUUAAUGCUUGCUGAUCAAUUAAUUAACAGAGUUGAAUAUAUGCAUUCAAGAGGUUUCCUUCACCGUGACAUAAAACCUGACAAUUUUUUAAUGGGCCUAGGACGUAAAGCUAACCAGGUCUACAUCAUUGACUAUGGCCUCGGCAAAAAAUUCAGAGAUCUUCAGACUCAUCGGCACAUACCAUACAGGGAAAACAAGAACCUUACCGGUACAGCUCGAUAUGCGAGUGUCAACACUCAUCUUGGAAUUGAACAAAGCAGAAGGGAUGAUCUGGAAUCUCUUGGCUAUGUUCUCAUGUACUUCUUAAGAGGAAGUCUUCCUUGGCAGGGACUGAAGGCUGGCACCAAAAAACAAAAAUACGAUAGAAUCAGUGAGAAAAAGAUGACAACUUCCAUAGAGGUGCUCUGCAAAUCAUAUCCAUCAGAGUUUGUAUCAUACUUCCACUACUGCCGAUCAUUGCGGUUUGAAGACAAGCCUGACUAUUCAUAUUUAAAGAGGCUUUUUCGAGAUCUAUUUAUUCGAGAAGGCUAUCAAUUUGACUAUGUUUUUGACUGGACUAUAUUGAAGUAUCCGCAGAUUGGUGGCAGCUCUAGAGGCCGACAUGACAGCGGCAAGGCAGCUAUGAAUCCAGGGCCAUCUGUACAGAGGCCAGAAAAGAUCUCAGUUGGAAAAGAGCUUCGAGAGAGAUUCACUGGUGCUGUUGAAGCAUUCUCGCGGAGGAACCCAACAACUUCUAGUCCUCGCGUUGAACACGCCAAGCAUAGGAGUUUUGAGGAUGUCACUGCAAUGCACAAGGAUGGGUAUCACGAUCAAGAGAAGGGACGCAAUUUGACUCGAUAUGGAAGCAGUUCAAGAAGACCAAUAAUCUCAUCAUCGACCAGGCCAACUUCCUCAGGUGAUCAUACCGACACUCGUACGGGCCGGCUGACCUCAAUUGCUAGCCGUCCAUCUACUGCACAUAGAAUUCAACCAAUGUAUGAAACCAAACAGCAACCUUACACACGCACAGGAUCUACUAGAGGCAACCGCGAUGAUCCUCUGCGGAGUUUUGAACUCCUCUCUAUCAGGAAGUAACAAACAAAUCCACUUCCCAUUUAUCAGAAGACAUUUUCAAAAAUUUCAACGCGCCUAUUCCUGCGGUUUAUUCGUGAACAAUAUCGAACAUGAUGGGGUCAUGUUCAUGUAUAUUACUGAAUUAACAUGAAGUUAUAUAAUCAACUUCACUUUCUGAUAUCAUUUUCUGGACUAAGGUAGACUCAAUUUCCGCCGCCCCCGCCCCAAGCUGCUGCUGUAUUAUGUUUCUAAAACAUGCUCCUGAGAACUCUACAAGGGUUCUUUCUUUUUUCUUAUUUAAACUUUUUACUAGAUAAAUGUAUUUUAUUUUCUCUUAAGGAAAAAAAUAGAUGAAACUAAAGAGUUAGUAGUUUAUGAUGCAAUUGUUAUUGUUUCUUGUUAUGAGAAUGGAAUUAGAUUUUGGUCUUGGAAUA